UUCAAUGACAUCCCACUGCAAGGGGCGCCAAUGCCAACAUUAUACUGCCGCAUUUACAAAAAAUUUUUCAAAUUCUUGUGCAUAUCAUUAAAUGGACAAAGUUGCAGGCUAUACUAUAGUUCGAGACGGACAUACCACGGUUACUCUGGUUAAGCCUUAGCAGAAAAUAAACACAGAUAUCGGGUUUAAAGGAAUCUGUCAAAAGCCAGUAAGAUCUGUCUAAAGAAUAUGGCGUCACUACCUACUCUGUGCACUGAGCAAGAAUGAAAAAAUAAUAUACUAAAUCUAAUAUCCUCAAAUAGUCUUUGCUAUGAUUCACUACCUCGAUUUGGCAUUGCAAUCUGGUUCCUAUCGCUUACCGUAGGUACCGCGUAUAGACGACUUCGGAGUUGUACAGCUUCGGGUUCUCCUCACGCAAGCCCAGAUGUGAAAUUAAGAAUAAUGCGCAUGAUACUGGUGUGAUAUUAAACCAUACUAAUGCAAUUGAUGGAAAAAAUAGGCAACUUCAGAGGGAUGAGUACCAAAUUUCUCCACGAUGGUCAAUACUUCCUGACAUACCAACGGAGGGUCGGGAUUUGUAUUCCGUUGCAACGGGUUCACUGCGGAUCACAAUGUUAUUUUCAGCAGAGGUGGAAUAGCACGGGCGCAAGACAGCCCUUCCCAGCAGAUGGUCAAGUUAUUUUUUCGGGCAUCCAGCCCACAGGUAUUCCACACCUAGGAAACUACCUGGGAGCUUUGCGUGAGUGGGUACGGCUGCAAAAUAAGGCAACGGAAAAUACGAGGCUAUUCUUUUCUAUCGCAGAUUUGCAUUCCUUAACAGUACCUCAAGAUGCUUCGCGGCUGAGGGAGUGGAGGAAGCAGGCAUUCGCGACAUUGCUUGCUGUAGGCAUAGAUCCUGUCCGCUCGACAAUAUUUUAUCAGUCUUCGGUUUCGGCGCAUUCAGAGUUGAUGUGGAUCUUAAGUACGGUUGCAUCAAUGGGCUAUUUGUCCCGCAUGACCCAGUGGAAGAGUAAACUUCGUCUGCCCGAAGAUGUGGAUUUAGAAGAUGCAAGGGCGAGGUCGAGUCUCAGACUUGGGCUCUUUUCGUAUCCAGUCCUUCAGGCCGCAGAUAUCCUUGUUCAUAGGGCCACUCACGUUCCUGUCGGGGAGGACCAGAAGCAACAUAUUGAAUUUUCGCGAUAUACGGCCAACAGCUUUAAUCAUCUCUAUGGGCCUAUUUUCCCGGUUCCAGAGGCUCUUAUAUCCCCUUCAAAGCGAGUGAUGUCUCUCAAAGAGCCAACCUCCAAAAUGUCCAAGUCCCACGCCGAUGAACGAUCGAGGAUUUUACUUACUGAUUCAUCCGAUGAUAUCCAUAAGAAGAUCAAGAUUGCCCUCACUGAUUCGUUUCCGACAAUUACUUAUGACCCGGUCAGUCGGCCUGGUGUGUCUAAUCUGAUCGAGAUUCUUGCUCAUGUUGAGGGCAAACGAUGCACGGAGCUUGCGUUAGAGUACCAUUCGGCUAGUCUUCGAUCAUUUAAGGAACAUGUCGCAAGCAGAUUGUCCAGUCAUCUGAGUGACAUAAGAGAGAGAUACCUUUCGCUUAUGGAAGACCGGACUGGCUACCUUGAUGCUGUCGCGGACAAGGGUGCGCAAGUCGCUCGGUCUAAUGCUGAUGCUACUUUACAGCAGGUGAAGCAUGUCCUUGGCCUGUGAGGCUCCAGCCCGGGAGGACUAGUGCUAUGUUACUUUGUGAUGGAAUAGUUGUCAGAUUGAGAGCAUGGUGUUUUUGGGAUAGUCUCAUGUGUAAUAACUAGGGGCUUCUAAUAACCAGAGGUGGCUCUUCACAAAAAGGUAGAGCUUUUUUUUCAUCGUGAACUUUUUUGUUUCGAGAUAACCACUUUCUGUUGGUGGUAAUUAUUUGCCAAUCCAUAUUUAAACAGCGCUAAUCUAUUUUUAAUUGGUGCCUGUAUUGGGAACAUUUGAUUCUAAUCAGUUACCAAAUGAGUCAUUGUAUAAUGCAUAGUAUAUAGCAUGUGAGAGUUAUGUGACUGCAUCCAGAUAUCCAAUGUUGCCAAUUGGAAGAAAAAGGGUUAGCAGGAUAUACUCAUCAUCAGCCAGUUCCUCGUGGGGUACUACUAUUACUUCCCCUGAGUGUAAUACAUAACAAUGAG